AUGUUUUCCACCUCCGCCUCCCUUAAAGCAAAUUACGGUUCUGGUUUACAGGCGGCGGCACAGGAUCCAGUAAAUUGCGCUUUGACGGCUCUUCAACUGACCGAGUUGGAUGCAGCAAGUUUCGAAGCUACCUACCAGUUGGUUGUGGAGGCAGCCAAAUCGGGUAGCCUGGGACCCACUCACCUCUUCUCGGCAGCCCGACAUCUCGACGCUCGCGGCUACCCUCUGUGGGCCUUCCCUCUAACUGUUCACGCUAUGCGGCUAUUCUCCCUCAGUGGUCUUCAAGAGAGCCAUCCGGUGGCGCACGAUGUGUUGUGGUCGUGUCUCUUGGCUCAUCGCAUCGGUCUCACAGCUCUGCAGGAGAUUCUCAGCCAUGUGGUGCGAAAUGUGCACUGCCCAACCCUCCUGGCGGAUAUUUUGCACCGCUGUCGUGCUCCGCCACCGCCACCGCCUCCGCCUCUCCCGCCGGUACCGCUACCCACGCAUCAGUACCAUCCUCACUCCCACCACCAUCCUAGUCACCACCAUCGUGUUGACGGCAAUCUGGUGAUUCAGUCAAGCGGCGUAGUUGCUUUUGGCAGAUUGGAAUUUGCGGACUCCUUGUCUUGCACCAAAGCCAGACGUCUAAGUUACAGCCCCACAUUUGUAUGGUAUACAGGUCUGGAUGAAAAGACGUUUAAAGAAAGUGUAAAUGGCUGGCACCGGUAUAGACAUUCGGCUUUCACUCCUCUUUGGCACCUCACCGUAGAGCCGUUUUUCAGAGUCCCCACAGAUGCUCCCAAAGUUCUGGAAUCCAAAGUCACUUCAACUUUAAAUUGCCCACUCUAUGGGCUUGGUGUGAUCGCAAAAGUGGAUCUUACCUCGAUAGUCCCUGUUGCGAGCCUUGCCAUGUACACCGGUCCUUCCUCAUGUCUGAUGAGGAGUUUUGUUGAGAUACUUUCUCGAGAGUCAUGUCAGCGGUGUUGGUUGCCCUGUCAUCUCCUAUUCACUGGUCUACUCACCAAUGCAUACGCGGGCUACUACCUGACCUCGAAGCAGGCGCAACCGCCUCUCUUGCCUGUGGACGCACCGCCACUGAAGCCGCUACUGGAGGCUACUAUCAGCGCGUUCGUUGCGACCACACAUGCGCGCCUGGCCAACAUCUCGCCACGACAGUACGCCGACUUCUUGGAUUUUCUAUCUCGUGCACGUGACACUUUUUGUCUCCUCAAACCCGAUGGACCGGCGCAAUUCCGUCAACUCGUCAGCUGUCUGUGCCACUCCUACCGCGGGAAGAGGAAAUUGAUAGCGCUGUUAAAUGAGCGGUUCCAUCAUACUUGA